CACCCUUCACCCCUUUACCCACACGCUUUCUUUCACUCUCUCUCUUCCAUCUUCUUUCUCUCUCUAGAGUCUCGCACUUUCCCUCUUCUCACAUCCAAAGGCGGCUCCCAAUUCGUUCCUUCCUUCGAUUGUUCCUCUUUGGCAUUUUUUCUUCGGCUGGAUCCGAUUCUUCCAAUUCCAAUUUCCAGAACUCAGUCCUUGUUAGGGUUUCGCAGAAGCAUGGUUGUAGAGAUAGGGUUUUGCGCGGAUCUAGGGUUUCGCUGGUUCUGAGGGCUUUGGGUGUGGAAUUAGGAGGGGAUUUGAUGGUACGCGUUGGGGAAAAUGCAAGGCUAUGCAUGGACGUGGAGGUGAGAAGGGCACUCGGCACAUGUGGAAAUCCCCCACACGUGACUCGACUCUGAACGCUGAUGUUUCUUCGUCUUCUUCGUCGACAGUGAAGUCAUUCUUUAAGUUCGCUAAGGAUUCCCUGUCUUCUCAAAUCAUAGGACCGUCGCAAAAUUAGUGUUGGUGAAUGUGCUCUCUUCAAACCAUCUGAAGAUCGCCCACCAUAUAUUGGUAUAAUUCGUUAUCUGACAAUUGGCAAAGAUAAAAAAUUGAAGUUUGGUGUUAGUUGGCUCUAUCGAUCUAUUGAAGUAAAACUCAGCAAGGGCGUGCCUUUGGAGGCUGCUCCAAACGAAGUCUUCUACACCUUCCAUAAGGAUGAGAUUGAUGCUGAAGCACUGCUCCAUCCUUGUAAAGUUGCAUUUCUUCCUAAGGGGGCAGAACUUCAACCAGGGAUUUCUUCAUUUUUGUGCAGGAGGGUUUAUGACAUUGCAAACAAGUGUUUAUGGUGGUUAAAUGAUCAAGAUUAUAUUAAUGAUUGUCAAGAAGAAGUAGAUAAACUAUUAUACAGGAAUUGUGUAGAAAUGCAUGCAACAGUGCAGCCGGGUGGCCGUUCUCCUAAGCCUAUGAGUAGUCCAACAUCAACAUCUCAACUAAAAUCUGCUUCAGAUAGUGUCCAGAACAGUACUUCUUCCUUUCCUUCUCACAUUAAGGGGAGGAAAAGGGAAAGGGCAGAUCAAGGCUCUGAGUCUGCCAAGCGAGAACGAUCAAUAAAAACUGAGGAUGGGGAUUCUGGUAAUUUCAGGCAUGAUAACUUUUUCAAGACAGAGAUUGCAAAAAUUACUGAGAAGGGAGGGCUUGUUGAUGGUGAAGGAGUUGAAAAAUUAGUGCAGCUGAUGGUUCCUGAUAGAAAUGAGAAGAAAAUAGAUUUAGCUAGCCGGUCAUUGCUUGCAGCUGUCGUUGCAGCAACAGAUAAGUUAGAUUGUCUUAGUCAGUUUGUGCAGCAAAGGGGUUUGCCUGUAUUUGAUGAAUGGCUCCAAGAGGUCCAUAAAGGGAAGAUUGGUGACGGUGAUAAAUCUGCAGAGGAAUUUCUGUUGGUAUUGCUUCGGGCACUUGAUAAACUUCCAGUAAAUCUUCAGGCUUUACAAACAUGCAACAUUGGAAAAUCUGUGAAUCAUCUGCGAAGUCACAAAAAUGCUGAAAUUCAGAGGAAAGCAAGAGGUUUAGUUGAUACAUGGAAGAAACGUGUUGAAGCUGAAAUGAAUAUAAAUGAUGCAAAGUCUGGUUCAGGUCCCAAUGUCCACUGGCCUGCCAAAUCACGUCCUUCUGAUGUUGGUCAAGGUGGGAAUAGACAUUCAGGUGCAUCAUCAGAUGUUGCCAUGAAGAGUUCAGUUACGCAGCUUUCUGCUUCCAAGACCACUUCUGUGAAGGUUGUCCAGGGAGAGAAUAUUACUAGAUCUGCAUCAACAUCUGCAUUUCCAGGGCCUGCAAAAUCAGUGCCGUCACCUGCAGCUGUGACUGCAAAUUUAAAAGAUGGUCAGCCUCGUAUUGUUGCUGUCAAUGGAGGUUCUGAUCUUCCCAUGGCAAAUGUAAGGGAUGAGAAAAGUUGUAGUUCUAGUCAAUCUCACAACAACAGUCAAUCUUGUUCUAGUGACCAUGCUAAAACUGGAGGUCACUCUGUAAAGGAAGAUGCCAGAAGCUCUACUGCAAUGAGUGCGAAUAAGAUUUCUGGAGGCUCUUCACGACAUCGAAAAUCCAUUAAUGGAUUUUCAGGUUCAUCUCCAUCUGGAGGGCAAAGGGAAACUGGAUCAAGCAGGAAUUCCUCCUCGCACAAAAAUAUAACUUCAGAAAAGAUAUCUCAACCUGGAUUAAUGGAUAAAGCAGUUGAUGGAACUUCUCUUGAGGGUAAUAUUCCAAAGCUGAUUGUUAAAAUUCCAAAUCAAGGUAGAAGUCCUGCACAAAGUGUCAGUGCUGGUUCUUUUGAUGAUCCUACAAUCAUGAAUAGUCGAGCCUCAUCUCCUGUUCUUCCCGAGAAGCAUGAUCAGUCUGAUAACAGCCCAAAGGAAAAGAACGACCUUUAUCGAGUAAAUAUUGGCUCAGAUAUUAAUACUGAAUCUUGGCAGAGUAAUGAUUUUAAGGAGGUAUUGACUGGCUCUGAUGAGGGUGAUGGGUCACCUGCUGCAGUUACUGAUGAAGAGCACUGUCGCACUGGCAAUGAUUGUAAGAAGGCAUUGGAGGUAUCAAAAGCUGCCUCAUCAUCAUCUGGAAAUGAAAAUAAAGCUGGCAAUUUGCAGGAUGCUUCCUACAGCUCAAUAAAUGCUUUAAUUGAAGGUGUUAAGUACUCUGAAGCUGAUGAUGGUGGAAUGAAUCUUCUUGCUAGUGUGGCUGCUGGAGAGAUAUUGAAAUCUGAAUUGUUAACUCCAGCUGGAUCUCCAGAAAGAAACACACCUACUGUUGAACAGUCAUGCACAGACAAUGGUGUUAAGUGCUCUGAAGAAAAUCUUGUUCGUGAUGAAUGCCACUCAAAUAAUGGUCUUGAUGUUGAACAUAAGAAUCUGGCUUCUGUAACAGGUGAUUUAGGGGCAAAUGAUGAAAGCGAUUCUGAUUUUCAAGCUUCUGGAGGGAAAGCUGCAAGAGAGCUAAAUAAGCGUGUUAAUGCAUGUACUAUGGAUUUACAACAGGUUGCUGAAACUAUGGAAAGCAAAGGAAAAUUAAAUGAAAAAUCUGGACCUACUUCACUGGGUGGUUUUGCUGAAAGUUCUGUACAAGAAGCUGGAAAUGGUGAUGGAAGCAAGCAGCUACAGGAGGUUGUUCAGGGAGUGAAUUCUGGCGAAAUUCAUGAUAAGAUCAAUUGUGUUGCAGACGUUGAGGCAGAAGUAUCUAAAAAAUUGUCAAAUACAGCUGUUGAAGUGGAUGUACAGAGUGAUAACUGUGCUGAAGGAUCAAGUGGCAGUGGACAGACAGUUAAAAGGCCUCCUGCUAUACUUGUUCAGUCUGAUUUGGCAAGAGGAAAAGAUGAUAAUGGACUCCAUUCUUCUGGUUCUGGUGUUGACAAGGUUCCUAAAGACUGCCCUGAACGGGAAUCUGACAAAACUGAUGAUGUUGAUGCUGAGAAUCAUGUCAAUCAGUCUAGAAGUAAAAGAAAUGAGUCUGAAAGUGAUUCCUUGACCAUGCCUGAGAAUAGAGGUACAUGUUCUAUUGUGACUGGUCUUGUUGCUGAACAUGUAGAGGAGAAUUUAGAAACAAAAAUUGUUCGUGACCAACCUUCUAGAGAGGAUCUUCCUGAAGAUUCACCUGGUGUUGUUUCACAAGAAAUCAAUAAGCAUCACGAUUCUAAAAGGUUGAAGUUGACGUCCUCAGAAGCAGAGGAGGCUGAGGAGUGCACCUCUACCACUGCAGAUGCUUCUUCCAUGUCUGCUGCAGCUGUGUCAGAUGCGGAUGCAAAGGUCGAAUUUGAUUUAAAUGAAGGGCUCAAUGCAGAUGAUGGAAGAUGUGAGUUCAAUAGCAUUGCCAAUUCUGGAUGUGCACCAUCUGGUCGAUUGAUCAGUCCUGUCCCAUUUCCUGCUUCAUCUAUGUCCUGUGGUAUUCUUGCCCCAGUCACUUUGGCGUCUGCAGCUAAGGGGCACUUUGUGCCUCCUGAAGAUUUAUUGAGAAGUAAAGGGGAAAUUGGUUGGAAGGGAUCAGCUGCCACCAGUGCAUUCAGGCCAGCUGAACCCAGGAAAGUUAUGGAAAUGCCUUUUGGUACAUCAGCUACCCCUAUUCCUGAUGCUCCAGCUGGAAAGCAGAGUCGAGCACCAUUGGAUAUUGACUUGAAUGUGGCCGAUGAAAGAAUACUUGAUGACAUUUCUUGUGCUCGACACACAAAUUCUAUAUCUCUUGCAACUGAUAGUCAUGAUCCUGUAUGCAGUAAAAUACCUUCACCUGUUCGCAGCUCUGGAGGGCUUGGUCUUGACUUAAACCAAGUGGAUGAUGCUUCCGACAUGGGCAUUUGCUUGAACAUUAAUCAUAAAAUUGAUGUGCCAACUAUGCAGGGGAAGUCAUCAUUGGGUGGUCCACCAAUUAGAGAAGUGAAUGUGCAUAGGGACUUUGAUUUGAACAAUGGACCUUCUGUUGAGGAAAUCACCACUGAAUCCUCAUUGUUCUCUCCGCACGCCAGGAGCAAUGUGACAUCUCAAUUACCUGUUUCUGGACUUAGAGUGGCUACUGCUGAGCCAGGCAACUUCUCUUGGCUUCCUUCCAGUGGCAACACCUAUUCUGCUGUCACAAUAUCUUCAAUUAUGCCUGAUAGAGGUGAUCAACCCUUUUCAAUUGUUGCUCCUAAUGGGCCACAAAGGUUGUUGACUCCCGCUGCUGGUGGCAACCCAUUCGGACCUGAUAUUUAUAGGACCCCAGUAUUGUCAUCUUCUCCUGCAGUGUCAUAUCCAUCUGCUCCAUUUGAAUAUCCCGUCUUCCCUUUUAACUCCAGCUUCCCUCUUCCAUCAGCUUCGUUUUCUGCUGGGUCAACUACUUAUGUAUAUCCAACAUCAGCCAAUCGGCUUUGCUUCCCUGCAGUAAAUUCACAGUUAAUGGGGCCUGCUGGCACAGUUUCAUCUCACUACCCCAGGCCCUAUGUUGUUGGUCUUCCGGAAGGUAACAAUAGUGGUAGUGCUGAGACCAGUAGAAAAUGGACAAGGCAGGGUUUAGAUCUUAAUGCUGGACCUGGGUGUUCAGAAAUGGAGGGGAGAGAUGAGAGUUCACCUCUUCCAUCUAGGCAACUUUCUGUUGCUAGUUCACAGGCCCUAGCUGAGGAGCAAGCAAGGAUUCAGCUUGCAGGUAGUGUUCGGAAGAGGAAGGAGCCUGAUGGUGGGUGGGAUGGCUACAACCAAUCCUCAUGGCAAUAGCAAUCUAUAUAAUCAAUCAUACAAUCUGAUGCCCACAAAUGCUUGUAAGUGUUUAGUUUUGUAUAUUCAAAUGUUUGUAACACUUGGUCACUUGUGGGAGAAGAUCUGAAAAUAUAUCCUGUGUCAUGCUGGUGUAAUUCAGUGGAGGUUGUUACUUUUUUCGUUAAGAAAUAUAUUUAAAUCAUAAUGGAAUAAAUGCUAUUGCAAUUUCUCUGUGGGCAGUCUUCUGUCCCAUUUUCAUUGAGAAA